AUGCCGUUUAAAUUAAUGAGCCCUUCGAGAAGAUGGAGUCCAGCACGUGCGCAAGACCAUGCUGAUAGUAGCAGAGAUAUCAUACUGGACGUUGAUCCUGAAACCGUUAGGAAAGGAGUACGAUCGCUUAUGCAACAAGUUGCUCAAAUCGAACGCGAGAGGGAUGAUUACAAAACAGAACUGUGUAGCUUGAAGAAGCAACUGAAGGAGUCUCAAGAAAACCAAAGCAAUACGGAUGUAAAAAUCAAUAAUCUUCUGACUAAUAUUCGGACGCUUCAGGAAGAGAAAAAAUCUAUCGAAGCAAAAUUAACUCAAACGCAAACUGGCUAUCACGCACAGCUGGACGCACUUCAACAAAAGACAGAGGAAUGUGAGCAUUUAUGUGAAAAGGUUACAACCUUAGAGAUAAAGAUGAGUACCGAGCCAGACGAAAAAUCUCAGUACGAGGAUAAACUAGAGAAAAUGAAGCAAGAAUUAAACAGAUUGGAAACGGAGAAGCGUAAUCUACAGAAAGAAGUCUGUCACAGCGACUCUCGCGCAACAGAAAUGGAAUUGCACAGAAUGUCUCUAGACGGCGAUCUCCAAAGAUUGCAAAUGAUGCUGCAAGAAAAAGAAGCGCAUAUUCAAGUAAGGUGGAAACGCGAUUACUAA